GGGAGAGCGCCUUGCGCAGUGCACCGUUCCGGCCUCUGUCCCGCGCUGCGGCCACCGCCGCCGCCGCCUGGUUUCUCGGCGCCCGCGGUCUACAGCGGGGGCCGCGCGCAGAGGCGGGGCGGCGGAUCUCCAAGCGCGCGGCGCUCCGCCCGCUCCGCGGCGGAGGCGGAGGCGGAGACGGCGGGGCCAGGCGGCGGCUGGAGAGCGAGGGAGCGAGCGCGGCGGCAGCACCGGGGCCAUGGCGCCCGCGCAGCGCCCGCUGCUGCCGCUGCUGCUGUUGCUGCUGCCGCUGCGUGCGCGCAACGAGGACCCGGCCCGUGCCAACGCUGACCGCUACGCAGUCUACUGGAACCGCAGCAACCCCAGGUUUCAGGUGAGCGCUGUGGGUGAUGGCGGCGGCUACACCGUGGAGGUCAGCAUCAAUGACUACCUGGACAUCUAUUGCCCGCACUAUGGGGCGCCACUGCCCCCGGCAGAGCGCAUGGAACGGUACAUCCUAUACAUGGUGAACGGCGAGGGCCAUGCCUCCUGUGACCACCGGCAGCGAGGCUUCAAGCGCUGGGAAUGCAACCGGCCCGCUGCGCCUGGGGGACCCCUCAAAUUCUCCGAGAAGUUCCAACUCUUCACCCCCUUUUCCCUGGGCUUUGAGUUCCGACCUGGACACGAGUACUACUACAUCUCUGCCACACCCCCCAACCUUGUGGACCGACCCUGCCUGCGGCUGAAAGUUUACGUGCGUCCAACCAAUGAGACCCUGUAUGAGGCCCCAGAGCCCAUCUUCACCAGUAACAGCUCCUGCAGCGGCCUGGGUGGCUGCCACCUCUUCCUCACUACAGUCCCUGUGCUGUGGUCCCUACUGGGCUCCUAGUGUCCAGCCCCACCUGGACCCCUUGACCUUCGCCCUCUGACCUGCCACGGCCACCUCCGAGACAAAAUCCUUGCUGCUUCUCUUUCAUGGUGCUGUCCCUCCGGAGGAGGCCAUCGACCGGUCCCUGGGAUGCAACAUGGGGUCCCAGUGCCUGAGACUGAGAUCCAGGCUGAGCCACUUUUGCCAGGACCACCAGGGCCGUCCAGUGUUGUUUGAUUACGGUCAGAAAGACUUAGGGUUUCUCUUUUAAUUUAAUUUAUUCCCUGAUAUUGCUGGUGACAUUGGGAAGGAAACAAGUCACAGGGGUGA